AUGGCGGACGGUAAAGACACAGGUAAACGGAGAAUGCAGACCGACGAUUUCGAUGAUGACAUGGAGGAUGCUUAUAAUUUGGAUAAUACUCAAGAGCCGACUUCCAGCUCAUCACGAGGUCAGACUCAGGAGCGUUCACAGUUGCCGGUAUUAGACCCUACUGUGCUCUGGUUUGACGACGACAAGGUCAAGACUGCGGUAUCCGGGGCGAUAACCGGGUACUAUCGACAGCCUUGGAGGAAUUACAACGAGGUGGAUGCAGCAACCAAGGAACAUUGGUGGAACCUAUUCUGCAAGGAAUUCACGUGGGCACCUCAGUUGACCGAGGAUGUGAAGCACACGUUUGAAAAGAGGCUUGCUACUCGGUUGCGUGACAUGUUCUACACAGUCACGCACAAGAUGAGAGGCGCAAGGCCAGCCUGGCUCAUUGAGGACGUCCACAAGAAGAUGAUGGAUAUUGUUGCCGCCGAUCCAACUUUCAAGGCAAGGUCGUCCCAAAACAAGAAGAACAGGAGGGGUGGGUCAAUGGAAAGUCCGGUUGAAGCUACCCACUAUCAGGGUUCGAUGUCAGUUGUACAACAUGCUAAACGAAUGGCGACGAAGAAUAAAGGGCAGCUCCCAACAUCUCAUGAGCUGUUUAUGAAGACACACUUCAAGGAAGUGCCUGGGAAAGGCACGGAGGCCUACCAGAAGAAAGUUGCAGAAGCAAGCACCCAAGGGAUUCAAAAGAGUCCAAAUGAGUUGUACUGGGAAACUGUAGGUGGUCGAAACAAGAAGGGUCGUGUAAAGGGACUUGGCCAAGGUGCGGAGCUGUAUUACGGCAGCCGGAAGAGUUCCAAGUCUUCCCAGCAGUACACGCCUUCCUUUCUUUCCCAGAUGCAAGAUCAGAUGGACCAGAGGUUGGAGGAGAGGAUGCAAGCUAUGCGGAGUGAAAUGGAAGUCGAGUUGGAGACUCGAUUGGCCGAAAUAGAAAGGAGAAACCAAGAGAGGUAUGAAGAGAUGAUGCGUCGAUUCUCCAGCAACUACUCAUGUUCCAACAUUCCACAUCAGCGUCGAGACCCUACGAACGACGACCCAGGUAGCGGCGGUGCAGGGAUAGGUACUCCAAAUGUAGCUUAG